AUGGCAGAUCUCGACGAAGAAAGCGUGCUCAAUAAUUUCAUCAAAAAUAUGGCCAGUGCACUAUCCUGUCGGCGCCCGAUGUUGGAAAGCGACAUGUGGGCAUUUUGGAGCGAGCCGACUCUCUCUCCUUGCAGUACCACCAAUCAAGGAAUUACAAAGAAGAUCAAAUCUGCGCUUCUACACUUGAAUACAUAUUACCAUAAUGAUCAAGUUCUAAUUCAGUUUUGGGUACCCAUCAGAACAGAAACUGGGUGUUAUCUUUUAACUUCAGACCAACCUUUUGGUCUUACUUAUCUUGAUGAAGGACUUCUCGAGUAUAGGAAGCACUGUUUGAAUUAUAAAAUUAACGUGGAUGGGGAAGAAGAACAGCUUGGACUCCCUGGUCGUGUGUUCCGGAAAAAAUUGCACGAGUACAUCCCAGAUGUGCAAUAUUACUCUAUCCAAGAGUACCCACAACGCAGUUUUGCUCUAACUUGUGGUAUUUCAUCGUCUUCUGCUUUGCCGGUGUUUCACUCCUCUUCCCCAGAAUGUGUUGGAGUACUCGAGUUGGUAACUAAUGCAGCAGAUUUCGAUGUUUAUGACAUUAUGUUUGAUCCGUUUUUGAUGCAUGCACUUGAGAAUGCAGAUUUGAGAAGUUCGGCAUGUGAUUGUUUAAUUUCUUCGGUUGCAGAUGAAAAUGAUUCAGAUGAUGUGUUUCCACAUAUAUUGGUUGAAAUCUACUGUGGGUUGAAAGUUGUGUGCAGAACAUACAAGCUACCUUUGGCUCUGGUGUGGGUUCCGUGCAAGCGUUUCAAUACCAUGGACAAUAGCUCCGAUGCUUUUGAUGUACAAGUCUUGCACGCUGAUAACAGAGCAUCCUAUCUUCUAGUAGAUAAUCUGGAGGAAUUCUUGGGGUUUAGUGGGUGGAAUAACUUACAAAAGGGGCAGGGAGUUGUUGGGAGCGCACAUCGGUCACAUGAACUAUGUUUUUGCCGCGAUACAUCUCAGUUCAGCCUAACUGAGUACCCCUUACUGCCCAUUGCACGCCUUUUUGGGUUGACUAGUUGUUUCGCGAUUUACUUGCAGAGUACUUGCGCUGAAAAUUCUGAUUACAUACUAGAGUUUUUUCUACCUCCUGAAACCACAUAUGUUGAAGACCCGACUACCUUCUUAUCCUCUCUAUUAGAAACAAUGAGGCAACAUUUUGGAAGAAGCAGUCUCCAAAAGGUUGAAGUUAAAUGCUGGAACCUAUGA